AUGCUUCCCAGAGUUCAGCUGCGUGCCGGGGCGUUAUCCCGGCCAGCCUAUUUUCCAGGCGAGGAAAUAUUUAACCGCGGCGUCAGCGGGCAGGGCAGGCCUGCAGCAAUGGAGAGAAGUGGGCAGCACCCGCUCCCUGCUGUCCCCCCGGGCCAGCCCCAGGGUGACCAUCUGCAGCUCCUGCUGCGCCGCAGCCGGGAGGCCAAAAACUGCGCCUAUUGCCCCUACAGCCGGUUCCCGGUGGGAGCUGCACUGCUCACCGCCGGAGGGGAGAUCUUCUCGGGGUGCAACGUGGAGAACGCCUGCUACAGCUUGGGGAUGUGUGCUGAGCGCGGUGCCAUCCAAAAAGCCAUCUCUGAGGGGCACACCAGCUUCAAGGCCAUGGCCAUCACCAGUGACAUGGGGGACCACUUCAUCACACCCUGUGGCGCCUGCAGACAAGUGAUGAGAGAGUUUGGCACAGACUGGGAUGUGUACCUGACCAAAGGAGAUGGCACCUACAUUGUCAAAAGGCUGGAGGAGCUGCUGCCUACCUCCUUUGGCCCUGAGGACCUGAAGAAGGUCUGA